GUAAACGACUGACUGUUUGAUUCAUUUGAGGAUUUCGAAAAAUAUUCGUUGAAUUUGGCCGAAAACAGCUCAGAAGAUUGAGAGAUAUUCGUGUUUUCAGGCGUUUUAUGUGCAAGUCAUGCAACGUGUAUCUCUCCGGUGAAAUACAAGAAGAUCUUCCGCAGAAAUGAUUGACAGUAAAGAUUUUUGAGCAAUUUGAAGAUGCUAUAUCCAUAUGCCAAAAUACGCUGUGAAAAUUACCUUUUGUAAAUAAGUUGCUGGUUGUUGUAUUUAGUGACACGUUCGGAGGGAAAGAGAUUGAAAAUUAUAUACUAGAACGAUGAGAAAUAUAUUACUGUGGUUUGCCUUAGUUCUGAUAUGUGUUUGUCUUACAAUUGACAAUGUUUAUGGAAAAACAAGCAAGAUUGUUGGUAAACAUGGGGCGAAAGAGGCUGUCAAACACAGCACAGGGGAAAAUGAUUCAAUUUUGGAAACAGGCGGCAGUAAUGAAGGAAUAAAAGACAGUGAUUCAAAGGAUAUAAACGCAAAUGUCAAAAGUGGAAAGCAGAUGAACUCAGGGACUGAGGACAAAGGAACAAUCAGUGCAGAUGAUUACUUGAAGAGUUUGACUACCGCACUUCCUAAGAAAGAUUUAGAACACGCUGAGUCCGGCGGAAAAGAUGAGCCAAAGGCAGUUGAUAAAGAAACUAAGAAGAUAUCCUCGCUAUCAAAAGAAAACGAGGUUCAUGCACAAAAAGAGAACAUCGAAGAAAGCUUGAAAUCCAAGAAAACCAAGAAAAUAAAUUCGGUAAAAAAUUUGAGCUCGCCUGUGACACAGGGCACGGAUAAAAAACAUCAGGAACAAACUUUGGAUUCUCCGAAAAAUGGAGAAAAAAAUGAUAACAAGAAGAGCUUAGAAAAAAAGAGCAAAAGUGAGAAACAAGAUGACAACAAGGAAGAGAAUAACGAUGAAAUCGAGACAAUCGAUAAACCUCAUAUUUCUGAAUCAAAAAGCAAAGUCAGUUCUUCUGUGAGCGGCAAAUCAUCUCAUUCAUCCCAAGAUGACAAGCAAAAGGAAGAACGUCUACCUUCGAAAUCAAAAGCAAGCUCAAAUAAAGCUCAAAAUCAUGGGAAUUCAAAGACAAAAAAAGCAAAAAAGAUUUUAGUUUCGUUUUUCCACAGCGAAUCGGAUGACAAGAAGCUUCCUAAAGGAGCGCACGAAACAAAAACGCACGUUAAAGAAGGACACGAACACGGUCAAAAGAGCGCGCGGAACGAUGUACCAAGUUCCCACACGAAAGAUGAAGAAUCGAUACUCACAGAAAUCUCUGACAGGUUAUACAAAAGAACAGGACUACAACAACAGGCUCCAAUGGCGAAUUUAAACAACAAAGUUAUUGAAACAGUUUUACCUUCGGGUCCGAAUGCGGUUGCUCCACAACAUAUAAGGCUUAGCAAUGAGCCAACCCAUGUUCUUUUUAAACCUGUACAUAAAUACUACCCGGCAAUCCAUCGCUACAUGACAAGACCAAUACAUCGUUAUCUGCAGAAACCGGUCGAUUUAAGCGGGUUGAAUCCACCAUUAGAGGGUAGCUUAAAAACUCCAUCAUCACCACAAGUAAAAGCGUACACAUCUCCUCCUAUUGUACAGCACAGUGUUAGAAUACCACAAGUUACUGCGAACAAGCUAGCACCGAUUUCCGGGGGGUUAGGGUCACAAACUGCGCAGUUUCAAGGGGAACAGUUCAACACUCCGCCAACUGUUAUUCAGCAAGUCAGAGUUCCACAGGUUCAGCAAAACGUUGGGCAACAAGUUUCGGACGGUUUGGUAAAUGAUGGAAGAAAGCAUUUUAUUGGUAACGCAGGACCCAGAAUUGUGGCCGGGGGGUUGCCACACAAUGGUCAUAUCCUACCUGGGGGGGUGGGGCACGUGGGCCCAGUUAGGAUAUUCACUCAACUGCCACCACGAAUCCAGCCAGUGCUGAUUCACCCGCACAGAUUGUCACCAACAGGUUUUGGUCCCUGCAGUACAAAUCCUUGCAAGAACAGCGGUGUUUGUAGCAGUGUUGAUAAUCAAGCAAUAUGUGUCUGCAGACCAGGAUUCCGGGGAAAACUCUGUGAAUUGAUCAAUAAGUGUCAUCCUAAUCCAUGCCAUAAUUAUGGUUCCUGUACGGAGAUCGAGCGAGAUUUUGAAUGCAGUUGCAAGAAGGGAUUCAGGGGGAAAAAAUGUGAAAUUGGAAACAAAUGUGAACCAAACCCAUGUCAAAAUGGUGCUACCUGCUCAGAAACCGAAGACGAUUACGUCUGUACUUGUAGGGAUGGUUUCCUAGGUCACAGCUGUGAAGUCGAAUCAAAAUGCAGCCCCAUCAAUCCUUGCAAGAAUGGCGCCACAUGCAGGGAAGCACGUGACACCUACAAAUGCUUCUGUCGAGAUGGAUUCGGGGGGAUUAACUGUGAAGCUCGUAUUAGACACAGUAUCUGUGUGCCAAAUCCGUGUAAAAAUGGCGGAUUUUGCAGCAUCACUGGAACAAGUACUGGGAACUACACUUGCAGCUGUGCGUCUGGUUGGAAAGGCUCUACCUGUGUUGAGAAAAUCGACAACUGGGGGAAUAGUAUUGGACCAACAAUAUGCCAGUCUGUCAAUCCUUGUAUGUUUGGAGGAAAAUGCCAGCCAGUCAGUUACUAUGACUACACCUGCAAAUGCCCGCAGGGACGAGGUGGUUCUCAUUGUGAAAAAAAUCUUCACCAACCGAAGUUUGUGAGCAGAUGCAGUCAAUGCCAUGCGUAUGCAAGAUGUCUCGAUGGUCAAUGCUUGUGUAAAGAAGGUUACAAAGGAAACGGAGAAAACUGUGUUCCGGUUCAACAAUUUUGUCACCCCAAUCCAUGUUACAACGGCGGAACUUGCCGUCAAUCGACCAAUCAGAAACGAGCGUUACCUGUCGGGAAACCGUGGUGGUGCGAAUGCCCGAGCGGGUAUAUGGGACAUGACUGUCAAGAUAUGGAUUUAUGCUUGAUGAGGUUAUGUCAAAAUGGUGGAACGUGUCUGAGUGUCCAAGGAAAAACAAAAUGCUUGUGUUCUCCAGCUUUCGGUGGGAAAUACUGUCAAGAGAAGAAUGUCUGUCAUGGAAACCCAUGUAAAAACGGAGGUUUAUGUAAAGAUAUCGAGGGAGUACCGACUUGUUCGUGUCGACCAGAAUUUGAAGGAGCUUUUUGCGAACGAUCAAAAUGUUCCAAAUGCGAUCGUUUCGCAAGUUGUAUCAAAGGAGUUUGUGCUUGUAACAAUGGUUACCUUGGUGACGGAUUUAAAUGUCGUAACAGCGUCCCAAAUUCUCCCAUAGUCGUCCCUGCAUCUAAAGCUGGUGUCACCUCUUCCCCACCAAAAACACUCUCACCACCACAACCAGUUCACAAAUAUUGCGACUCGAACCCAUGCGCCAGCGGCGCCACGUGUCUCAACGCUCUGGACACAUAUUUCUGCCAAUGCCCAGAAAACAAAUUCGGAAAAAACUGUGAUCAAACUCCAAGAGCGAUAGCUGAUCUGUGCGCAAAAUGUGACAUUGAUGCGACGUGUAAAGAUGGAAGAUGUAUUUGCAAUGAAGGUUUUAAUGGCAAUGGAUUCACCUGCCGAAAAUCAGCGCCGACGGUUGUAGAUGCCACUUCGGUCAGCAACCCACAGAAGACAGAUUCUUCCUGUGAUUUUUGUCCAGAAAACGGUCAAUGCUUGGAUAAUGUUUGCGUGUGCCCGCCUGGUUUCCAGAACAGGAAGCGGUCGUGCGUAGCCAUUGAUGUUCCAAGAGUAAGCAAUGAAAUCUUGGGAAAAAUGAUUCCUCCAGGAAUUGUGGCAGUCGGCACAACGAGAAACCGGUUGCCAAUUGGCCAAUGGAAAGAAAAGAGUGUUGUGACGGAGUACCAGAGCAUGGGAUGUUGGGCGGAUACAAAGGAAUGGCGGAACCCAGUCAUGAGAGCAAUUUCCACGAUGGAGGGUUUGCAUCCUUCGCUAAACGAUGACUACGAGAAACGCACCGAUCCCAUCACGAAGUGCGCUAAAGCUGCAAAGGCUUAUGGGUAUAAAGUAUUCGCCGUCCAGAAUGGCGGUCAGUGUUUUUCGGACGCUGACGCGGGAAAAACAUACACGACUUAUGGACCGUCGAAUAAAUGCAGAUUCGGUGUCGGUGGAGCUUUGGCUAAUGAUGUGUAUGCAACAAAAUAAUCUGGCUAUGGAAUGAAUUCAUCUGGUUUUAAACCUGAUAAUUUACACCUUAUAUAUUCCAGCUAAGCUUUACAGAAAAUCAACAAGGAACCGCCAAUAAAUAUAUUCUUUUCACAGCUAGGAUUGAGGAUGUUGUGAUGUAGAACUAUCAUUCAUGCUCACAAUUUUAUAACUUCCUUGCAAGAUCUCUAUGUCUAAGAACUGAGAUGAAUUUUAUCCUAAAAGCCAUAUGGUUUCUGGAAAAUAACACUCGGUGCCGUAUAAGACUUUAUACCUUGUGAAAUUUGAAUUUUCUGUAAUAGUUCAUCCUAAAUAGAUCAUAUAUAGAUUAUAAACAGUAUAGUUUUGUAUAGAUCAAUAAGUAAUGUUCAAGUCAAAAAAAAAGAAAAAAGACAAGAAAAAAAUCGCAUACAUAGCUCUGCCUAC